AUGUCUGACUUGGAAGACGAUUUGCUAGCCUUAGCUGGAGGGGAAGAUUACGCCUCCGAUUCAAACGACUCAAAGCGCAGUGGUUUAGAAUAUGAAUCAGAAGAGGAUGAUACGGUAUUGGCCAAGCGUCGUAAAGUGGAAACAGAUGCAGAGGAUGAUGUACAAGAGGCCAACUACGAUAUAGAGAGCGAUUACGAGCCUGAAUUAGUAAAUCCCUAUCCAUUAGAAGGCAAGUAUAAAGAUGAGCAAGACCGUGAGGAGUUGGAGGAAAUGGACGAAAUCAAAAGGGAAGAGAUCCUCUUUGAAAGAUCACAGGAGAUGGACAAGUUUAAAGAACGUCAGUACUUGCAACAGAGAAUUAAGGCACAAAGGGAUCCUAAACAAGCCCAGAAUGACAAUUUGAGAAGUUCAAGUCGUCUGAAGACUGGAGGUGUUCGAUCAAAGAAGGAAUCCAAACUCAGUGAGUUGAAAAAGGAGAGAGAGAGGCAUUCGAGAAGAAAUGCUAGGAGACACGAUGACUAUGAAGAUGGGUCUGAGAAUGAAGAAGAAGAAGAAGAAGAAGAAGAAGAAGAGGACGAAGAGGACGAGGAUGAUGAAGACGCAUAUAAUGAUGAAGAUGCUGUCAUGUGGGGAGGUGUGUCAAAAUCAAAACACAAGAGACUGACUGAAUUGGCCAAGUUAGAAGACAUAAAUCGAAUCAAAGUGGGAAGAAGUUUACUAACGCAAUACUGUUAUCAUCCUGGAUUUGAUGAUACUAUAUUGGACACCUAUACAAAAGUUAAUCUUGGAGCAGACAGGGUGACCAAAGAGCCGUACUAUAGAAUGGUUAAGAUAAUCGAUAUGAAAGCUCGACCGGAAAGGGCGUAUCGAAUCGGCAGUUCAAAGUAUGAUUUGUAUUUUUUGGUUAGUCAAAACAAGAACCAGAAGAAACCAUUCCCCAUGAGUUUAUUUUCUGAUUCGCCUAUAACUCAGAAUGAGUUUGAGAGGUAUUUAAAAGAACUUGAUAAAACGGGAGAAUCCAUUGAUUAUCUUGACGAUGUUAAUGAGAAAUAUAAUCAAUUGCAAAGUUUGUUUAAUAGAGGGUUGACAGACAAGGAUGUAAAUGAGAUGAUUGCUAGGAAACAACGUAUUCUGCAGAAAAGUGGUAAUUAUACUACUUACGAUGCAGUCAAGACUAAGGCCAAGUUGAUGGAUGAAUUGAAGAUAUGCAAACAACAGGGCAAUCUACAAAAGACUAAAGAUAUUAUUGAAGAGUUGAAAAACAUAGAUUUGGUAUUGCAAGAUCAAAAUGCGUCGACAUCACAAUCAUCACAAUCAAGUAUAGCCAAGGUUAAUGAAAGGAAUCGUAAAUUAAAUCAAGAGAAUAUAAGGAAAGCUGAAAUCAAGUUCAAAACCAAUGCCCAAAGCCAAUCAAAUCAAGAUGGUGAUCCAUUCUUGAGGUUGAAAACCGUUACACGUAUGUUUUAUCAAGAUUUAAUUAAUGAAGAAAAUGCUAAAGCUUUAAAAGAUGUCAAUAUGCAGGAGUUGAUCAAUGAAAAGACCAAGCAAGAAGAGAAGAUUGCCAAAUCUACUUAUAGAGAUUUGGGAGAGAUGGAUAAAUUGAUUAAACUGAUUGAUGUUGAUAUUGAAUUGUUUGUAUAA